UAGAUGGUGGACCACAAGUUCCAAUAGUGACAUUUCAGAAAUUUGCUUUUGGAAUGGAAUAUCCAAAAAAGUAUGAGAUGAGAAACAGCCAGACCCAGUUGGAUGGAGCUGAUCCUGUGCUGCAGGCCGCAAUCUGGGGGAAAUCAUCCUGCCCAUACCCCAAUGGGAGUGAAGAAUCAGGGGGCAUCUGUUGCGAAGUGGACCAGAGUGAAGAGAGAUUUCUUAUGCCAGAACCAGUGACCACUGUGCAAAACUCCCCUGAAUCUGCUCUGCCCAGUCCCUGGACUCAGACCCCCACAGUGGGAUCAUUCUGGGAAAUGCGAUCAACAGUGUUUGCUCUGAGCCCCUCACAGUCUCAGGCUAACCAGAAAAUCACCUGUAGAGUGAAGCCACCUGAAUGUAAGCAAUGUGGGGGGGACUAUGUGUGUGCCCUGCACCUUGAAGUUUCCUCAGACACCCUCAGUACAAAGGAUAUCCCUGAGGGUCUGCAGGGUGGAUAUGCCCUCAGUCAGCCUUCAUGCCAGAGAGACACUAAGGAAGUCCAGAAACGAAAGAAGCAAAAUACAUAUCAGGAGUGUGGGAAGAGAGAAGAGGCCGAGAAAGAGGCGAGUGGUGGUGGGGGUGGGGGUGGGGGUGAGGGAUCGGCCGGCCAAGAUGCUUGUCUAGGCAAGUGGGCGAGCGGGGUUCAGUCCCGACACCCCACGAUGGUCGAGAUGCGGGAGGCCACGGGGAAGCGGGCGGUUAAGGGGAACACGAGCCCAGGCGGGAAAUUUCAGACACGACCGGGGGAAGAAAGAACAGCCCGAGUGAUGCUGGAGAGGCCCCUGGUGGCUCCUAGGAACUGGGGGAAGAGGCGGCGGCCCUAG